AUCCAGUGUGUGAGUGUACGUAUGUGAGGGACGUCGUGUGAGUUUGCAGAGCGGUGAACACUGUGCGUGUAAUUGUCAGAACGUUUGUUUUAUAGUUGAUUAAAAAAAUCCUAUAUCGUAGUGAUGUUACGUUUGUUAUCCUCCUAGAAUAAUUAUCGCGCAAGGCUUCUUUUUUUUGUUGCUUUAAAUACUUUUGGAUUGUUUUGUAUUUUUAAAAGCGGUGUGCGGCAUGGAGUGUGGGGUGACGGCGCCCUACCCCGCCAGCGGCUCGCCUAGCUCCAUCCUGGCAGACGUGCGAGGCGAACGCAGUCCCGCCAAGUCUGGCCUGCAUGUCAACUUCAGCGACAAGGGCGAGGUGAAGGAGCGGCGUGAGAAGUUUCUCACAGCCAAGUAUGGCACGCACCAGAUGAGCCUCAUCCGCAAGCGUCUGGCUGUCGAGAUGUGGCUCUAUGACGAGCUGCAGAAGCUCUACGAGACUACAGAAAACUCCAAGACGCGCGAGGUGGAGGUGGACAUCGACGAGCUGCUUGACAUGGACAGCGACGAGCAGAGGCGGAGGCAUCUGCAGAUGUUGCUGGCAGAUGCGAAGAAGUCGCAGCAUGAUGUGAAGAAGUUUGUUGACGACUUGCUGGAGCGAGCCAAGACCCUGUGAGUGCCGUGCCUUGCGCGACUCUGCACGGCUCCUCGAUCCACCGCGUCACGUGUCUGCACAUGCACGACUCUCUCAAGACUUUGUCAGCGUUUUGUUAUCCGUUGGUUUUUUUACUGCUGUCAUGAGUUUUCUGCAAGUGUUAUUUGUAUGAAUUUGUUUCUCCCGUAGUGCAGUGUUGGAGGCGUGCUAAGGCGAGUUAGUAACGGGUGUGUGCAUUGGUGUGCAUUUCGAGUGUUUAGGUGUAGAAUAGCAAUAUGGCUUGCCCCCGUCGUGCAAGUCUGUGCAUUGGUACGUGAGAAGAUUACUUGUUAAGGCCUGUUUCAUUUUUAGAGUUUACCUCCGUACUAUAACAAAAAACAGAUGAACCAGUUUUGAAAGCUGUAUGUGAAGGGACUUAUUUACUUAUUACAAUUAACACAAAUUCAAACUGUCCACACAAAAGUGCAUUAUUUUUAAAUAUUUAUUUUUUUUAUAAUAUGUUUUAUAAACAAGCCCAAUGAGAUGACACUCGUCUAUUCUUUUGUACUAGUUUUUUAUAAAAUGUUUUCGUGCAUAAGAAUACAUGCCAAAUAGUUUCGACAGUUUAAUGUUAACGCUUAGCUUUGCAUGUGUCCUUGGCAACGGUAAUGUCGAGCAAAAGAAUUCGUCCAAUUCGGAUACUUCAGGUCCUCCACAUCUGGCUCGUGUCGUAGAGAAGGCACGGGAACCUGCAGUGCGGUCAGAAUACCGAGCGUUCAGUGUAACCUACCCUAGCACUCAGUAAGACUGCCCUCUCUCUGUGUGUGUGUGUGUGUAAUAUUCUAACAUUUUAGUGGAACAAAGAAAAAGGAAUUUUUGAUUUGCUGUCAACAUUCGCUUUGGCACAUUUUUGAGUAGUGGCAACACCUGUGUUGUUCAUAUUUGAAGAUUGCAGAUGGGAUGAAAUUGUAGUAUCAAGCAGUUUGUGAAAACUAAAAGAAGUGGAGAUAACUUGGAGAAAUUAUUGGUUUUUCAUAGAUAAUAGAAAUGACAUUUACGUUAAUGAUGCUGUUGACAGAUGGUAUUGCAGCUGAAGAUUAGCAAAAUCUUAGCAAAAUAUUACAAUUGACUGUUUUAAAUGCUCCAAAAUAUUUUACAAGGUGUUUAUGCUCUGUUUAAUUCCAUUUAUAGGAGUAAUAACCUAAUAUUACCAAUGUUACCAUCGUGUGAACGUCUUCCACAAUCGUCACAUUUUAAAGCCAAAAAGUUUUGAUCACUAUGGUUGCAGAGUAUUUUCAAUACAGAGGAUGGUCAUUGUAAACUUCAUGGAAAAAAAAAAAAAAACUGAAUGUACAUCCUCUGGGAGAGUUUGGAAGCCAUAGUAACUUGUAAUUACAUUUCACUGUAAUUGCGAGCAUUCACAAAGCACAUCAUUGCCAAUGUUUAUUGUAGCUGUAGCGCUGUAGCACAGCCACGUGUUUGCUUGCCCUAGUAGCGGUUCUGAACGGAGGGAGUAGUGGUUGGUUUCGGAGGGGAUAUUUAGUGUUACGUUCAUAAGGAACAUUUUCCCAUAAAGUUUAAAUGUUGGCAUAAUUUUCAACUACAUACAUAGUAAACAUAUCAAAUGAUGCUAAAUUAAUCAAAUGACAUGUUUAUCUUGCUAAAAUGGUUUUUUUUUUCCCACAAUGCUAUAUUUUUUAAAAAAAUCUUUGCUUUACUAUAGUUGUAGAAUAGGAAAUAUUAGAGAGUAAUUCAAAAGAAAAUCUUUUUGUCAUGAUGUAUACAACAUUCAGUGGCAAUCCUAUUGUUUUAAUGGUCUGCAGCAAUCUUCAAUAUUGUUUUUAUUUAAUAGUGUAGAGAUAAUUUUCAUCUUUCUGCUAGUAGUACAAAAAUACAUAUCGCAGUGUUAUUGGCACUUUAAAAUACAAAACUAUCACGCUAUUCUGUAUAAUUGGAAACAAAAUCAAUAACUACCAAUGCAUGAUUCCUGCAGUCAUUAAUGGCUGGGAAAAGAAGUGGUUGUUGAGUCGAAGAAGAGUGGCCGCUCUAGGGAGUGCUUCCGCAGCAAAGGGGACCAGAGAACAUCAGGUUACCUGCGCCACUGUUCAACUACACAGGAGUCUCGUGUGUGUUAUUCACAGGCAACCGAACAUAGGUUACAAACUGACUGUUUUAUUAUAUUUAUGUCUAUAGCUGUUUUUAAGGCUUUAACACCAGAAAUAUGUGCAUGAUGCACUUGUAUUGGAGCUGCCAGGGAUGUUAACGUGCACGUUAUUGUGUGUACUUUUAUAAAUAAAUACAUUUUUUAAAUGCUAGAAAUUUAGAAAAAUCUGAAAAAACUUGAUAAAAUCUUUUUUACGCACACAGGAAAAAAAAUCAAUGAAAAAGAUUAUAAUGCAGCUAUAACUUGUUUCCUCCUGUAAAUGUUAGUUUGAAUGGUGUGUGUGCAAAUUUUAACAACCCAGGUGGUUCCUGAUUGUCAAAUUUAUCCACUUUACAGCAUUGUAAAAUAAUUAAUUUUACAAUCAGGAUUGCUAUUAAAUCUUGAUAUCCUGGUAGAAAAUAUUAUAUUACCGUGUUUGUGUUUGUUUUGUGUGUGCUGUGAAGUAUUUGACAGGUAUUAAAAAAAAUCUGGUACUGUAAAUUUCAUUUUAAAAGUUUUUUGUUUCUUAAUAUGAUACUAUGUUUGUUUUUGAGGGGUAUGUUGCGAUUCCUAUUGCAUUUCUAUACAAAUUAGUUGCUCAACCACUUUAAUGUCUAAAAGUAAAAAAAAAAAAAACACCUACUGGUUGCAUUAUGGAAUUUGUUGAUUGUUUUGUUGUUGCUUGUGGAAUUUUAACCGAUACCCAGUUUUGCAUUCUGGAACGUGUGUUCAUCUGUUGUGCUGUACUCAAGACCUGGCUCUGUGAUCUGAAACACCACUGACCACUUCCUUACUCUGAAACAAAUUUACAAUACGUAUAAAUUGUUCAGUGUUUGUCAGAGAUAGCGAAACCCAUUACCUUAUGAACUGAAUGUAUUAACUGCCCACCUCAAAUAAAGCUCAACCUAUCACUA